GCCACGAAGAGUAGACAUGAUUAAUGUUUGAAAUAUUUGUGAUUAACAUAAUCUUUAAUAAGUUUGAUUUUUAUGAUAAGGAUAAACGAUUACUUAAUUUAUCAUUAUCGGUGUAGUUGUUUUGGAAUUCCUAUUGCAAUUAACAAUGGGGCAACGAAAUAUUCAAUCUGACAUAAAGAAAUUAUAUGCACAACUUGAAAAACUAGAUCGAUCUGAAUGCAGAAACAUCCGUAACUCAAAAGAAGAGGACUUUAGAAUAGUGACAUGUUUCGAAACUUUCUUCCAAUCUUUAAGGAAUAAAACAGAACAUGAAGAUGCACGUUCGCUUACAGAUAGCGGAUUUCUUUUGAAAGGUAAAUUUAACAUUAAAAAUGAAGAAGGCCAAUGGGAAAGUCAAAGCAUUGAUGGUGACUCUUUACUCAUUCGAGCCAUGUCAAUAAAAAGGGAAAGUGAACCCCGCAGUGAAACGCUUGGAAAAGUUAUUGAAUGUAUUAUUAAAGAUUGCCCUGAACUUAUCUUUUUUCAAAAAUUGAAAUUAGUGAAUGGCAAAGUAAAAGAAACAGGUGUUACACCAAUACAUAUUGCAAUUUUCCAGGGAGACCAAUACCUACUAAAAAAGAUGGCACAAAGUUUAGAUAGUGAAGAAGACACAAAGAAACAAAAGAAAUCGUUAACAGAGAAAUGUGUUGAUGAUGAUAGACUUAAAGGCACAAUUAUGACGGCAGGAACAUUACUUGGAAUUGCUUCCUUAAUGUUUAACAAAACUAUUUUUAAAGUCAUCCUCAGAUACUUUGAAUCAGAAAUUGACGUCACAGACAACAAGAAAGAUAAUAUUAUACAUUCCCUUAUUAAAUAUGCAUCUAUCAAGCCUGAUAAGAUGGAUAAUAUUGUAAAAAUGGUCAACUUUAUCGUGCAUUGUGACUUUAUCACAAAAGAAGACAAGGAAGAAGAUAAUGCAGUAGAUGAGUAUAGCAAUUACUUUGCCAAGCAUGAAUGGAAGUUGAGGAAUCAAGUGAAGAAACUUCUGCUGAUCAAAAAUAAAGAACAUCUGACACCAUUGCAGUUAGCUGCGAAAAGAAAACAGUUUUCAAUAUUUGAAAUACUCAUUCAGCACGAGAUAUACAGUUCCCAUAAAUCAAAUGAUGGUCUUUAUCACCAGAACAGUUACGAUAUUACUGAUGUGGAAACGAUUCCCGUUCCAAAUGAGGAAAAGGGAUCACAUGAUGAGGAUAUUAAAAGGGAACAUCAUGAGUCAGUGUUGGAAUUUGUUGUUCGUCACGACACAAUCAACGCUUUUCGUUUUACGAACAUCACCCCUGUCAAAGAAGUGAUCAAAGCAAAAUGGAAGCGUUAUAGACGAUAUUUCAGGGGAUGGCUAGUUUGUCAUUUGAUAUACAUGAUAUUACUGUCAGUUGCCGCUGCCUACAGAUCGGAAAUAAUAGAAUCGGUACCAGGCACACGUUCAGUGACGUAUGUUAACCUCGUGAGCGAAGACUUCUUUGUUACAAGUGUUUCAAUAAUGGGAGUCAUUGUUGCAUCACUGUACAUUUCUAUAGAAAUUAUAAGAAUCAAAAUGUCUCGAUUUACUUCAAAGUCCUCGACUGAAGCAAUUAAAAGAAUUAAGAGUUUUUUUUCGCAGUAUUCAAAAAAUAUGUUUCGGUUUUAUUUUGUAUUAUUCUCCCUUUUAUUAAUCAUUGAUUUCGUGUUUGCUUUAAUAACAGCGAAAGAAAAGUUUAACAAAUACGAAAACUAUUGUCUUAUCUUUUCAGUUCUUAUUGGAUGGUAUCUUGUUUUAUUCUUUGUUCAAGUAUUCGAGAUAUUUAGUUUUUACACUGUUUUGAUUCAAAGGGUUAUAACAGAUAUGUUUAUGUUUGGACUUCUCAUGGGUUUAUUCCUGUUACCUUUUUCUAUUGCAAUGUUUAUGGUUAUGCAAGGAGCGGAAACGGAUUCUGAAGAUUUCAAUAAUAUUCCAAAAACAAUGGUGAAAAUGUUCACUAUUAUGCUUGGUAUUGGAGAGUUUAACGUGCUUUUCAAAGCAAGAGAACCAGUUUUAGCAAUCAUUGUCUUUGUUCUUUUCGUUCUUUUAACUACAUUGCUUUUGCUCAAUGCGCUUAUAGCAGUGAUGUCAAAUUCGUGUACAGAUUUGAUGGCAAAUCAUGCAGGCUUUGUUGCUACAAAGAUGCACCAUCGCCUGCAAAAAUUGUCUAUUAUUAUAUUUCUUGAAGGCUUUUUACCUGAUAAGUGUUGUAAGACAGUUGGGAAGGUUAAAGAAAUAAGUCUGUCUUAUGACAAACAAGUAAUAUAUAAGUGUAAAAGACGAAUAUAUACAAACGAAUCUGUACAUGAAAAAACUGACAAAGAUGUUGAUGCUCCAGUCGAGCCUGUGCAACUUACUGACUAUAAAAUAACUAUCCCUAGUCAAGAAUUCCUGGAAACAAUUAACCAACAUAUUGCUGAAACGUUAGAAAGCAGAGUAGUUAAAGCAAAGAAAAGGAAAGCUUCUAAUAGGAAAAGUCAGAAUACGUUACAAAAACGAAUAGAAAUAUCUGACAUUGAACAGAGUCGUUGCAAACAGUGUGAUAAUAAGGAAAGUAAUUUAUUUCAAAGUCGAAUAGAAGUAAUCGAAACAACCAAUUGACAAGUUAUAAAAAAAAACCUGUUGUUCUGAAAAAUAACAUUCUUAUUUUACAAAAAUACAAAUGUAUUGAAGCUGAGAAUAUAAUAGAUAGGAGCGUUAAUUUUUGUUUGGAUAUUCAAACACACGACAUAAAAUUAUUUUUUUGUGAAAUGAAAUCUUUUUUGUCAAUCUUGUUUUACAAAUAUCACUUCGUUGAAUACUGUUUUAAGGAAUUUCACAUAGGUUUAUAUAGUUUUUUUUAACGGAACGGAUAUGGUAGUAUUCUUGCCGAUAUUUUCUUUUAAAAGAUCAUACGCUCACACCGGUUUUAGUUUCAAGAUUAAUCAUUUUUGUUUUAAAAGAUCGCCUCCAACUAAAAAGAGUAUAAUCAAUGGGGUACAUGUAUAUUUAUUUUGAAACUGUAACAAAAUACCAAAACUAAAAAAGGUUUUGAGAAGAAAAUGAAAGCAUUUUCGAGACAAAAGGGGGUUUUAAAAAUGAAUUUUCUUCUAAAAUCACA